CAAAAAAAUUUAAAUAAUAAUAAUCAACUACCUACCUGUCCUACUUUGUAAAGAAAGUCUUAUUUGUACCGGCAUGUACUUGUUAUUGUAGAUUUACCAUGGCCAAUACUAAUACCGGUAGUACUAGUAGGGCUCGUGUUUUUCGAGGUGUGUGCCUUCCUUCAGAUCCUCUGGACGAAUGGCUAACGAGUUGCGUAAACUCUGCUCAAACUCGUCACAUUUGUGAGCCGAUAGCGAAUGAAUGGGAUGUGGUCGUUUUGAAUAGCACAAUCGCUAGUAUUUCACCGUAUGAUGCGACUAGAUCGCCCAAUUCGCUGAUUGAGGAAGCAGGAAAGGUCUGUCGCUCUGACGAUGCUCACGCUAGCAAAGAAUAUGGAGGAGCAAGGCCUGCAACUGGAAUUUCAAGUGCGGGAGAACCUCAACCGAAGAUUCAUGCUGUUAGCGAGCAUGCACUGUCGCUCUCGGACAGUGAAUCCUCAUCAACACUUGCUGCUGCACAAGACGUGGAAGUGGUGGAUGGUAAGGGCAGGUGGUUAGUUCCUGGAUGGAUCGACAUGCAAGUGAAUGACCUAGAAUGGAUGGCGCGGUGGUACACAGAAACCUUCAGUAGGGAACAACACGCUCAUCGCAUCGGACAAGUGCUGAAGCAUCAGCUUGGACAAGGUGUCACCGGCAUGUGCAUUGCAACCGUCGCAUCACCAUUGGAGCCGUUGCUAACUUACCUGAGUGCCAUGGCAGAUGUAAUGGAUAGUCAGCAGCGGCAGGAAGUUAGUGACCGAACACAAGAAAAAUGCUCCACACACUUGUACGGUGCAGUUGUUGAAGGUACGUUCAUGAAUCCUGCAUGCCAUGGAUGUCACAACCCAAAAUACGUCCUACCACCAUCCAUGCCUGUGUUGCGGCAGUUGUUAGGAACUGGAGCGGUCAGAACAAUCAAUAUUGCGCCUGAGAUGGGAUUGGAAGAGGAGACACUGAGCAUGAUAACGCACAGUGUCCUAAAUGGAGCAUUGGUAUCGGCUGGUCACUGCAAGCCCCAUGCCAGGAUGUUACGCUCAGCCACUGAAGCAGGCUGCAGCUACAUCAUCCACCUUGGCAACGGUCCAACAGGUGUCAGUCUUAAAGCAGCGUGUGAUGGUGGAAUGAUGGAGGAGAGCUUGCGAAAUGAUGACCUAACCGCCACAGUUAUCUGUGACAUGCACCAUAUCCAUCCAGCCAUAGUGAGGGACUGGACUAUCAGGAAAACCAUUCAGCGGGUGGUUGCUGUCAGUGAUGCCGCGUUCGCCCUUGGCAUACCAUCACCAGAGUUUGAGGUGUUUGGAAGACGUGGAAAACUUUCAGAAGAUGGAAAGUGCCUUGUGCAAGCUGAUCUUGACACCUCAGCCACCCCCUCGCGCAGUUCCGACAACAUUGCAUGCCUCUUUGGCAGUAACGCUACAAUGCGGGACAUCUACGAGAAUCUCGUCAACAUGUUCACAACACACAUGCGUGGAAUCUUGUACCGAGACCAUCCUGCCUUGAGCCUACGCCAGGCUGUGUCAAUUGCGUCGGCGCUGUGCUCAAGUAACCCUGCCCGGUUGCUUACCCACCAGGAAGGGAGUCAGCUCAGUGCCGAUGUAGGAAAGGUGAAAACAGGUCAACUUGCCGACUUGCUUCUACUUAGCAUUACUGGCCAUCAAUCAGAAGAUUCUGAAUCUGAUGCCGCCGGGCUAGCGGCCUCCAGCAAUGCCGAUUCCACGGCUCAUAACCAGCCAGCGAUAGGGUUUGCUGUGCAUGUGGACCAUGUAUUUGCGUCGUCGUGAGUGUCAGUGAUUACCUAACCAUCAUCAGGAUCCGAAGUGCGGGGUCCCAGUGCCAGUGAUGGUGUAUCCCGUUGUUCUGCUGCUGUUGCAGUGCCCCAAUCUGCAAGCGGCAUGGUUUCAAAAUGCUUGACGGCCCGUCUAUUUGGAUUAUGUUCAAAGUCGUAAGGUCCAGGGAGUUGCCAGUGAAACGGGAAAAGUCUGUUCACAUAUGAUUAUCUUUUUCCAUAUUAAAUAGAGCCUGAAAUUGAAGGUCUUUUGUUACACAAGUCAAUUUUCUUCGCAAGUUUUUCCCAUUUUAUUCACUGGCCCUCUAAGGCUCAAAAAAUAAUUGGUGAAUAGUAAGUAACAUUACACGUCGGUUUAUUUUAUUUCAUCCAUUCACACUAUAUUCACUCCAUUUAUUUUGCUUUCAUUUCGAUCCAGAAAUCAGGCAGAGGUUCGUGA